AUGGAGCCGCGUGCGCCCGCGCUGCGCCGCCUGCUGCCGCCGCUGCUGCUCCUGCUGCUGCCGCUGCCGCCCCGCGCCCGGGCCAAGUACGUGCGGGGCAACCUCAGCUCCAAGGAGGACUGGGUGUUCCUGACAAGAUUUUGUUUCCUCUCGGAUUAUGGCCGGUUGGACUUUCGCUUCCGCUACCCCGAGGCCAAGUGCUGUCAGAACAUCCUCCUCUAUUUUGAUGACCCAUCCCAGUGGCCAGCUGUGUACAAGGCAAAGGACAAGGACUGCAUUGCCAAGGAGUCUGUGAUCAGACCUGAGAAUAACCAGGUCAUCAACCUCACCACCCAGUAUGCCUGGUCAGGCUGUCAAGUGGUGUCAGAGGAGGGAACCCGCUACCUGAGCUGCUCCAGCGGCCGCAGCUUCCGCUCCGUACGUGAAAGGUGGUGGUACAUCGCGCUCAGCAAGUGUGGGGGAGAUGGGCUGCAGCUGGAGUAUGAGAUGGUCCUCACUAACGGAAAGUCCUUCUGGACCAGGCACUUCUCGGCAGAUGAAUUUGGGAUCCUGGAGACAGAUGUAACCUUCCUUCUCAUCUUCAUCCUCAUCUUCUUCCUUUCCUGUUAUUUUGGAUAUUUGCUGAAAGGCCGACAGUUGCUUCAUACUACCUAUAAAAUGUUCAUGGCUGCAGCAGGAGUGGAGGUCCUUAGCCUCCUGUUUUUCUGCAUCUACUGGGGUCAGUAUGCCACCGAUGGCAUUGGCAACGAGAGUGUGAAGAUCUUGGCCAAGCUACUCUUCUCCUCCAGCUUCCUCAUCUUCCUGCUCAUGCUCAUCCUUCUGGGAAAGGGAUUCACGGUGACACGGGGCCGCAUCAGCCACUCAGGCUCCGUGAAGCUGUCUGUGUACAUGACCCUAUACACCCUCACCCAUGUGGUGCUGCUCAUCUACGAGGCGGAAUUCUUCGAUCCAGGCCAGGUACUGUACACGUAUGAGUCUCCAGCCGGCUAUGGACUCAUCGGGCUACAGGUGGCAGCGUAUGUGUGGUUCUGCUAUGCUGUGCUGGUCUCACUACGCCAUUUCCCAGAGAAACAGCCCUUUUAUGUGCCCUUCUUCGCUGCCUACACCCUCUGGUUCUUUGCAGUUCCUGUCAUGGCUCUGAUUGCCAAUUUUGGGAUCCCCAAGUGGGCCCGGGAGAAGAUUGUUAAUGGCAUCCAGCUGGGAAUCCACUUGUAUGCCCACGGUGUGUUUCUGAUCAUGACUCGCCCAUCGGCGGCCAACAAGAACUUCCCGUACCACGUGCGCACGUCGCAGAUCGCCUCUGCCGGGAUCCCCGGACCCGGAGGAAGCCAGCCGUCGGACAAGGCCUUCCCGCAGCACGUCUACGGGAACGUGACGUUCAUCAGCGACUCGGUGCCCAACUUCACGGAGCUCUUCUCCAUCCCUCCGCCCGCCUCCUCCGUAAGCCCCGCGGCCCCGGCGCCCGAGGAGCUGCUGGCGCCGCCCCUGGAGUACCUGACCCCAGUCCCGGCCCCGCCACCGCCGCCGCCGCCGCCGCCCUCCCUCCCCGCGCCCGGGCGUCUGAGCCCACCCCCGGCCUUCCGCAACCCCCGCGUCCCCACCCCGCGCCGCGACCGCCCCCCGGCGCCCGCGCCCACCCUGCCCGGCUGGGUCCUGGCACUUCUGCGCACGCCCCCGCCGACGCCGCGCGCCGUGCCCCCGCCGCCAGCCUUCCGCGGCUCCACCCCGGGUCCCCCGCCGCCGCCCGAGUUUGCCCCGCGCACCCUAACGCCACCCCUGGAGUACCUGGCUCCGCUGCCCAGGCGCCCCGCCACCCGCUCCUUUCCUGAUUGA